AUGUACUACCCAGGAAUUUCGUCCCUAUUGCUCUGCUUCCUCUGUCUCGCACCGCCAGCACUCUCAUUUGGCAGGUCGUCAGAAUCAUCGCCCGCGAGAAAUGCCAUCCUUCUAUCUCGAGUGCAGUCUCUGACACUACGCGCAAAUCGUCUCACAAGCUCUCGCCGCGUCUCCCCAAUCCCACAGCUAAAAUGCGUUGGGCCAUCGAAGAGGAUUUGCGAUUUAUACACAAUUGACACAAUGCGCUGUACAAACGCCGGUCAUGACUAUGACGAAGAAGACGUCCAGUGGACUUGUACCGCACCGCUCCCGCCGGAAUUCAAGCUGGGUUCGACGGAUGUGGUGUGCGAGGGUUACCGGAACGCGGAUGAUAAGUGGGUGCUGAAAGGCAGCUGUGGAGUCGAGUACCGUCUCUUGUUGACUGAGCUCGGAGAGAGGAGAUUCGGGAUUGAGGAGGAUCUGUGGUCUGGUUUCAGUUCAACGAAAGGAUGGCGUCGGGGCAUGUCUGUCUUGGGCGACCUCAUCUUCUUCGGGUUCAUGGGCGCCGUCUUCAUCUUGAUUUUGUGGCCCAUGGUUCGGGAUUGUUUUGGUCUACGAGGUCGAAGAGGUCCCAACGCUGGAAGGGGCGGGGGAGGAUUUGGCGGAUUUGGAGGCGGAGGGGGCGGUGGUGAUGACAACUAUCCUGGUCCUCCUCCUCCGUAUAGUAGCUGUCCAAGUAGUGGCUCGUUCUCAGCACGAGCAAGCGCCCCAGGAUGGAGGCCAGGCUUCUGGACCGGCGCACUCGGUGGUGCUGCAGCUGGUUAUCAGCUGGGCAGGAGAAAUAAUCAGCAUGACUCUCCGUUAGCAGGUCGAUCUUCGUCUUCUCGGUGGAACUAUCAGAGUGAUAGGGGUGAAAGCAGUUCACGGUCUCGCUCUCCGACUCGAUUCUCAGCUACUACCACCGGCACCGGAUUCGGCUCCACGAGACGAAGAUGA